GACAAGAUGGUUGCAUUGAGACGUGGGGAUCCGUUGCCCACUUUGCACUGACUGCGUGAGAGACUCUUUUGAAGGCCUUUUGUAUGGAGAGAAAAGCCAGAAGGAAGGGCACUCCUAACCCAAGCGCUGAAGAGCCUGCGAAAGGCCCCAAAGGGCACCUAAACAAAUCAGGACACCUCUAUUCUUCCAUUCCUGUAAAGUUCCUGACCAAAGUGAUCGCCAAUACCGAAAAGAAAGGUUUCAGUUCUCAGACGAAGAGAUUUCAGGAUCUCGAAAAUGAAAAUCCAGGUCCGGGAUGCUAUAAUAUCACCAAAGAAUUGCCAGUUCAAAACAAUGUCUCCCAGUCCGUAAAAGGAACUUGCUUUUUCCCUUCGUUGGAUACUCGCAUUGCCCGCCAGAGGAUCCCCAGCUACCCUGCUGCCAAUGCCUAUGACCUCCCUCCUACAUUGCAGUCCAAGCAAGACUUCAGCCUGGGAUAUUCCAGCAUGUUUCAACAACCAAUUGCUAGGAAAAUAUCCAAAAGACCCACCCCUGCGCCCAACCAAUACAAUGUCUCUUUGGACUUUUGCAAGCAGAAGAGCCACACAGGAGUCAAAUCGGUGUUCUCCUCCAAAACUCAACGGUCGCUGUCACUCAUUGGGAAAGAGCGAGUGCCUUCACCCUGUCAUUACGAAAUUAAGGACUCCUUCAUUCGCCAGGCACCAACGAUGUUGGUGUCCUGCUUCAAAUCCAGAACGAAGCGUGAAACCAAACCGGAGACUCUGGGCCCCGGACCUGCAGCCUACCAGUGGCCGGCCGAAACCCCAAGGGCAGUGUACCAAAAGUUCCCUGGAUUGCGGAAAUAUGGCUUGAAUUUCUCAGCCCCACCACUUCCUCGUCCUAAAAGUCCCCCUUCUCCUGGACCUGGACAGUACGAAAUAGUUGACUUCAAUGGACCAGCUAAGCAUUACAUCUCCAGUGCUGUAUUUGUCUCUAACACAGGCCGCUGGUCAGGAGAGAAUUUCCACCAAGAAGUACCAGGCCCAGGGACGUACGACCUUCCCAUUCCACGGAAGCAAUCCUUCAUCUACAAUAUCAGCAAUAAAUGGUUGCCUGUAGCGUAAAGCACUGGAUCCGGCAAUAUUGGUUUGGCUGAACAUUUUAUUGUUAUUUUGCAUGACACUGUUGGAAGCAAACACUGAAAUCUUCAUUUACUCGUUUAAGAAAAUGAAAACUGAAUCCAGUAAUCUGGGAAGAAGAAGAAGAAGGAAAAGAUGCCUGGGCCUUUGGAAACCUGCAUUUCCUCCAAUUGCGUCAAUGGAUCUCAUUCACAUUAUUUUGCUGAUCUAUAUAUCAAAUUAUAAUUUCAUGAUCAGCUUUAGGCUGGCGAUGGAUUGCUCAUGCCAAUAUUUAUUUAUAAAAAUGAAUGAUGUGACCAAGCCUAAUUUUUCACCAUCCAUAUGUUUGGAGAAUAACAUUUGUGGUUGGUAGGUGGUUACAGCAGAACAAAUAUGAAGGAAAAGCAAGUUAAGACUGUUGAAAGUGGGUUUGGAGAUCAUUUUGCUAAGAAGCAAUUGGGAAGGCAGGCCAAACUAGCCAUUUCUUGUGCUCCCUGCUUCCUUAAUACUUCUCUAGAGGUCACAAGCCCUGUGGCAUGGCUGUGGGUCUGAGCUGGCUUACAGGAGUUUUAUGGUCCAGAGCUAUGUCCCCAUCUUCCAUGCCAAGAGAGAGAGAUCAGUGGCCUCUAGGUGAAGAGUCAAGAAUGCACACACCCCUUGUGCAAUAUGCAUCUCCAUGUCAUGGGCUUAAAAAAAAAACUAGUAUAGAUAGAGGUACAUCUGGUUGGCAACUUUAGUGCCACGACACAUACACCUGCAUUCACUCCAGGACAGGAGAUGCUUUUUUCUUGAAACAGGAACAUAUUGAGUUGCUGUGAGUUUUCUGGUCUGUAUUGUUGUUGUGUGUCAGUCUAUACCUCUUUGCAGAGAUACAGGAUGGGUGAGAUCUAGCUUGGAAACAGUUCAUAUCAAAGGGAUCUAAAAGCCUUAGCAGACCACAAACUGAACAUGAAUCAAGAGUGUGAUGCAGCAGAGAAAAAAGCCAAUGCAAUCCCACCUGCAUCAAUAAGCAUAGUGUCUACACCAGUGGUUCUCAACCUUUCUAAUGCCAUGACCCCUAAAUAUGGUUCCUCGUGUUGUGGUGACUGCCAACCAUAAAAUUAUUUUUGUUGCUCCUUUAUAACUGUCAUUUUGCUACUGUUACGAAUCGUAAUGUAAAUAUCUGAUAUGCAGGAUGUGUUUUCAUUGUUACAAAUUCAACAUAAUUAAAGCAUCAUGAUUAAUCAGAAAAAUAUGUUUGGGGGAAUGUGGAAAACAGAUGAUGGGAUUUGCAGUUUUGUUGUUCAUUCGUUCAGUCGUCUCCGACUCUUCGUGACCUCAUGGACCAGCCCACG